CCCACGCCUCCUCCUCCUCAUCCCCUAUCUGCAACUUUCAACAUGGCAGACCGCUCAAGGAGCAACCUGCCUUCUGGUGCAAAACCCACCAGCCAUACAGCAGCUCCGUCCAUCACCUUAUCUCCGCGAUUUCCUUGUCCCCACUGCCCCCGGCUGUUUGACUCCCCUCAAGCACUCGGCGGGCAUCAGAACGCUCACAAACACGAGCGAGCAGCUCAUCGAAACUUUCCGGCCACUCAUCAGCAGCAAUACCAAGCAGCUGGGAUUCAACACCACUCAAUAACAAGUAAGAUUAAAGGUCAAAGGAAGGAGCUUGAGAGUUAGAACCAUGUGUGGACUGGUGCAUUAGCCGGGGUACAAUAUUCCUGUAUGGAUCUUCUUCUCUUUUCUGCUUCAAGUAAGCAAUGCAUCUAUGUAAAUACAGUUGAUAACAUUUC